UUCUUGUUGUUUGGGCAAAGAAAUUCAAAUUAUACAAUGGCGAUGUAUCAUAAAUAAUUAGGGUAAUGCGAGCCACAAGAAUAUCCACAAACAUGGCGAUUUUGCAGGGUCUUAGGAAAUUUUCAGUUCCACAACUUCAACACUCCCUUCAAUCGCGCAAAUCAAAGACAAGCAAAACUCCUGCAUUCGUCUUCCACCAUCAAUCUCAUUUUCCUCCUCUUUCAAUUUUUCGUCGCAUUCUCUCUCUCUAUCUCUCAACAAUUUUCAUGCAUCCAAUUCAGAUCAAUUCAACUUCUUCAAUGUGAUUCCUUUUCAACCAACCUAGGUUAAUAAUCAGGAAAUGGGCAUGCCCGAAAAUAUAAUUGUCGGUUCUCAUGUUUGGGUUGGAGAUCCAGAAUUAGUUUGGAUUGAUGGAGUAGUACUGAAUAUUAAUGGAGAAGAAGCUGAAAUUCAAACUAGCAAUGAAAAGAAGGUAGUUUCCCAUUUGUCAAAAUUACAUCCCAAGGAUACAGAUGCUCCUACAGAUGGAGUUGAUGAUAUGACAAAGCUCGCUUAUUUGCAUGAGCCAGGAGUGCUCUAUAAUUUGGAAACUCGAUACAAGAUCAAUGAAAUAUAUACAUAUACGGGAAAUAUUCUUAUUGCAAUCAAUCCCUUUCAAAAUCUUCCACACCUGUAUGAUGCUAGUGCAAUGAAAAGAUACCAGGGAGAAAAAGUGGGAAAUUUAAGCCCACAUGUUUUUGCUAUUGCUGAAGCAGCAUAUAGGGCUAUGAUUAAUGAGGCGAAGAGCAACUCUAUUCUGGUUAGUGGUGAAAGUGGUGCCGGUAAGACAGAAACCACCAAAAUGCUUAUGCUUUACUUAGCAUAUUUGGGUGGUCACACUGCAUCUGAAGGACGGACUGUUGAACAACAAGUUCUAGAAUCAAACCCAGUUCUCGAAGCAUUUGGUAAUGCAAAAACAGUUAGAAAUGACAAUUCUAGCCGUUUUGGAAAGUUUGUUGAGAUUCAAUUUGAUAAAUACGGGCGAAUAUCGGGCGCAGCUAUUAGAACUUAUCUGCUUGAGAAAUCUCGUGUUUGCCAAAUAUCAGAUCCGGAGCGUAAUUAUCACUGUUUCUACCUUCUCUGUGCUUCUCCUCCAGAGGAAAAGGAGAAAUAUAAGUUGGGAGAUCCAAGAUCAUUUCAUUACCUUAAUCAAUCCAAUUGCUAUGAAUUAGCUGGUGUUAAUGCUGCUCAAGAGUAUCUUAGCACCAAAAGAGCCAUGGAUAUUGUGGGAAUCAGUCAGGAGGAGCAGGAUGCAAUUUUCAGAGUUGUUGCUGCUAUUCUCCAUCUUGGAAACAUUAGAUUUGAAAAGUCAGAAGACACAGAUUCAUCAGUUCUAGCAGACGAAGACUCCAAGUUCCAUCUCCAAACAACAGCCGAACUUAUAAUGUGUGAUCCUAAUGCUGUGGAAGUUGCACUUCGUAAGCGUGUGAUGAUCACCCCAGAAGAAAUCAUCGAAAGAAGUCUUGAUCCUCUUGCUGCAACAGUUAGCAGGGAUGGUUUGGCCAAGACAUUAUAUUCUCGUUUGUUUGACUGGUUAGUCCAGAAAAUUAAUCUCUCCAUUGGGCAGGAUCCUGACUCAAAAUGUCUCAUUGGUGUUCUUGACAUAUAUGGCUUUGAAAGCUUUCAAAAUAAUAGUUUUGAGCAGUUUUGUAUUAAUUUUACGAACGAAAAGCUGCAGCAGCACUUCAACCAGCACGUGUUUAAGAUGGAGCAAGAGGAGUACACAAAAGAAGAGAUUGAUUGGAGCUACUUAGAAUUUGUAGAUAAUCAGGAUGUACUAGAUCUCAUCGAAAAGAAACCAGGUGGAAUAGUUGCUCUGCUUGAUGAGGCUUGUAUGUUUCCCAAGUCAACUCAUGAAACAUUUGCGACAAAACUUUAUCAAACAUUCAAAGAUCACAAACGCUUCAUCAAGCCAAAAUUGGCACGCUCAGACUUCACUAUUGUUCAUUAUGCAGGCGAGGUCCAGUAUCAAUCAGAGCACUUCUUAGACAAAAACAAAGACUAUGUUGUUCCUGAACAUCAAGACAUGCUAAGUAAUUCCAAAUGUUCAUUUGUAUCAGGCCUUUUUGCUCCACUUUCUGAGGAGACAGCCAAAUCUGCUAAGUUUUCUUCUAUUGGUUCUCGUUUUAAGCUACAAUUACAACAUUUGAUGGAAGCGCUCAAUCUUACAGAGCCCCACUAUAUUAGAUGUGUGAAGCCGAAUACUCUAUUAAAACCUGGGAUAUUUGAGAAUAUGAACGUCAUGCAUCAAUUACGUUCUGGUGGUGUUCUUGAAGCCGUGAGAAUAAAAUGUGCUGGAUUCCCCACUCACAGGACCUUUCAUGAAUUUUUAACUCGAGUAGGCAUUCUUGCACCCGAGAUCCUUCAUGGGAACUUCGAAGAAAAGGAAUCGUGUAAAAAGAUUUUAGAGAAGAUUGGGCUGACAGGUUAUCAGAUAGGGAAAACAAAAAUAUUCCUAAGAGCUGGUCAUAUGGCAGAAUUGGAUGCUCGGAGAGCAUACAAGCUUAACAAUUCUGCAACAAUUAUCCAAAAGCAAACAAAAUGUUAUUUUAGUCGGAAAACUUAUAUUUCACUGCGAAAGUCCUCUAUCUUUGUGCAAUCUAUUUGCAGAGGAGAACUGGCACGGAUACAAUAUUAUCACAUGCGGAGGAAUGCAGCUGCCAUCAAAAUUCAAGCCUAUACACGUAGAAGAUUAGCCAGAAAUAACUACUUAAAAAUAAGGAAGUGUGCCCUUGUCUUAAAGUCAGGUUUUCAGGCUUUGGCUGCUCGACGUGCUCGUGAUAUAUGGCAACGUAGAAAGCAAACUAAGGCAUCAACUAGAAUUCAGUCCUAUUGGCGGCGACAUAAAGCUCUCUUUAACUAUCAAAACCUUAAGAAAGCAGCACUCAUUUCAGAAAGUGUCAAUCGCUCCAGCGGUGAACAUGAACAGAAGGUUGUGGAGAUAUCAGUGGAAAAUGAAUGUCCUUCCGUGGAAGAAUCUUCAAAUUUAUUACCUGAAGCAUCCCCAAGUUCUUUCCAAGAUAAUGAAAGCAUCGAAACUAUUAGGGUUUUCCCUAAUCCUCUCAGAGAUACUGAAAACAACGAAGUUAUUAGGGAUUCCUCUAGUCCCCUCAGAGAUGCUGAAAGCAAUGAAGCUAUUGGGGAUUUGUCUAGUCCCCUCAAAGACACUGAAAAUAUUGAGGCUCUUUCUGCAGAAAUAAAAAAAUUAAAGGUCAUGUUACAUGAAGAAAAACAAAAAACUGAUGAAUAUGAAAGGAAAUAUGUAGAAGCUCAAGGAUCUUGCGAAGAGUUGCGUAAAAAGUUAGCCGAAACCGAAAAAAGAGUAUAUCAGCUUCAGGAGUCAUUGAACAGGAUGAUAUCUUCCAUGUCAAAUCAAGUUACCGAGCUGAAGACGAUCUUAAGUACUUCAUCAAGAUUGAGUUCAACUUUUCGACCUAUUGCUAGAGUUGACGUUGCUUCCAGUAACUCUGAUACUUCAUCUACAGACUCUGAUUUCACAUUUCCAGCAUCCGUCACAAAUCCAGAAGCAUUAUCUUCUGCCGAGCCAAAACUUGUAGUUCAGGAUAUCACUGUAGCUGAGGGAUCAGAAAGACGAAAAUAAGAUGGGAAAGGCGAUAUCAUUUUUCCUUAUGUUUAUGGUUGCAUUUUCAGGAUCUGAAAGUGAAAAAGAAGGUUCGUUUGAUGAUUUCUUCUAGUAAAACUUGUAUUUCUUCCAUCUGGCUUAAAUUUUCAUGUCCUCUAGUCUAUGGGGAAACAAGGAAGAAAGACUGCGAAAGGGAUGGAGGUUGCAUUGGAUAGGCAUGACCGCUCCUCUGUUACAUACCCUACGUACAAAUAUGUAGAUACACGGUUCAUCUCAGGUUUUUGUAGAUCAGUCAGGUAGAGAUAGCGGUAAGAAUCAACCAAGAUGAACUCGCUGAUCAAUGUUUCAUCUCGUUAUCAUCCCUUCUGAGUAAAAAUCUUAUUAGAUUCAUUACAAAAUUAAAAAUCUUAGAUAUCCCAUGACACUUGUAGUGACAAUUUUGUAUAUAACAUAUUUUUAUAGUUUAUUAUCCAUUGUUGUAAUGCCCUCUACAUGGCGCUUCAUCUUGAUCGUGAUUUCAUUUCCAUUUACACAAUGUUGGUUACUGAAUUGAUUCUUGUCCAUGAAUUUA